CUAUUAUUAUUUACAAUGAGCUUAUUUUUUUUAACUUAUAGGAAUGAUCUUGCGGUAGACAAAACCAAAAGGAAAAAAAGAAGAGAACUGACUGAAGAACAGAAGCAAGAAAUUAAAGAUGCUUUUGAGUUGUUUGACACAGACAAAGAUAAAGCAAUAGAUUAUCAUGAAUUAAAGGUGGCAAUGAGAGCCUUGGGUUUUGAUGUAAAAAAAGCUGAUGUACUAAAAAUACUUAAAGAUUAUGAUAGAGAUGCAACAGGCAAAAUCACCUUUGAAGAUUUUAAUGAAGUUGUGACAGACUGGAUAUUGGACAGAGAUCCACAAGAAGAGAUACUCAAAGCAUUCAAAUUAUUUGAUGAUGACGACUCAGGUAAAAUAAGCUUGAGAAACCUGCGCCGUGUUGCUAGAGAACUGGGUGAAAACAUGUCUGAUGAAGAACUACGAGCUAUGAUUGAAGAAUUUGAUAAAGAUGGAGAUGGAGAAACGGAGGCUACUCAAAUCUACUGGUUCUGUCCUUGGAGAGCAGAAAUGGCAGUUGAAGUACAGCUCCAGAACAUCAUUCUCUGCUCUCUAACAGCUUCUGUGCUGGAGCUUCAUGAGUUGGGUGUGGCCCUGCCUGUGUAUGUACUGGAGGAGGCUUAAUGGCUUGGCUCAGCAAGACAGUCAAUCAGGAGGAGUUCAUUGCUAUUAUGACUGGAGACGUUUAAAGUUCAAGAAAAUGAACUCAACAACAAAAAGGGAGGAUUAUUGGCUGUUAACAUUGCAAUUGCUUUCUUAUGGUUCUAUUUAUUUCUGUAGCUGGACCCAUGCAAAAAAAUUACUUUUCUCAAAGGACCAAGAGAAACAUACGUUUUAUGUAUUGAUACUUCAGUAAUUUGUAACAUUAAUUUUUAGAGUAAACAGUGUUAAGUUUUUGAAAUGUUUAAGUAUUCAUUUGUAAAAUAGCUUUGUAUGAGAUUUCUAAAUUAAAUCAUAUUAUAAAAAUCUUUUGAAGUUUACUUUGUUAGCAGUAGCUGUGGCCUUAGUUUUGAUAUAUAAAGUUUUGACAAACUUCCAUUUUUAAUAAAAUGUUCUUUUAUUAUUGUUA